AUGAUCGAGCCGGGCCAUCCUCCUAGGUCCUGCGCACGUGGCGCAGAGAAGACGGCUGCGUGGCGGAGUAUGGCAUUGCAGUCAGAGCUUCAGAAGCAUGGGAUCAGUUUCGAGGAAUUGGACCGACCUCCGCACGACCCUCUGCUAUAUCCCGCCAUCCGCUGCUGCCGGGCCUUCAUUUGCCCUAAUAGCGACAAGGCGCUGCAGGUGGCGAAUCGCCCUGGGCGAGCCGCGGCGGUCGCCGCCGGCGUGCGCGGCUUGGUCCAAAGCGCAAGACAGGCAAAAGAAGACUGGGAAAAGGAGCGCGUCCUGGCGCAAAGCACCCGCUUGGAAGAUCCGCUGCCUGUGACGCUGGUGAUUGACUGUGUGCGCUCCACCCAGAAUGUGGUGUCCUUGCUGGAGACCUGUGCCACGGCCGGUGUGGCGGAGGUUAUCUAUUGUGGCAUUACCCCGGCCAUCUGCUGCUCCCGGGCAGCGCAACGGAGCCUUCGAAAGCUUCUAUUGGACAAAUCUGGUGCCUUGCAAGAGAACGGUGGACCGGCCACAGAUGCCUGCCGUGGCCUUCCUCAAUUGAAUCAGGGUGCCAAGAGCGCCAGGUGGAGGGUGGGCUCAUCCAGGACCGGCCUCUUGAUUGCUGUGAUGGGAACCAUGACGCGUGGUCUGCGCCAGCCUCUUCCGUCCACCCUUUGGGUCACGCCCACGGAUCGGGAUGCAGACAAAGUUCGCAGUGCCCUGAAACAGUUCGGAGCGGCUGCCGCCGCAGCGGACGCAGGAGAUGCGGAGCCCAGGCUUUGCGUGCGGCCACUCGCAUGGAUGCCUGACGAGCUGGGAUGGCGUGUGGACAUCCCAAAGACGGUGCUGCGGAAGGAUGCGCAGUUCAAGCCGCUCCACGAGAUGCUCAUUGAGCACACUGCCAAGGGCACCAUCAACCGCAUGGAGGAGGUUUCUAUGCUGCCGGUGGUUCUGUUGGAUGUCCAAGCUGGCCAUCGUUGCCUCGACACCUGUGCCAGCCCUGGCAGCAAGACGGCGCAGAUGCUUGUUCAACUUGCAAAGGCGAACUUUGAGAAGUGGGGCAGGGGACUGGAGUCCAUCUCCGGUGAGGCGAAGCAGCGCUGCUUGCGCUUCCUGAAUGGCCGAAUCGACUACUCCGCCGACGAGGGCUGCGUGGUCGCCAACGAGAUCUCGACAGACCGGGCAGGGAUGCUCGUGCAUCAGAUUGCCAGGCACCAGUCGUUGUAUCCCCUGGUGAUCUUCACCUCCCACGAUGCCCGCUACUUCCCGAGCCUUCGCGACGAAGGGGGCCAGGAGGUGCUCUUUGACCGCAUCCUUUGCGACGUGAUGUGCUCCAGUGACGGAACGCUCCGAAAGUCACCCCACCUUUGGCGUGAGUGGACCCCAAAGCUCGGCUUGGAGCUGCAUGCCUCGCAGCUGGCCGUGGCUCUGCGCGCCCUGCGUCUUCUACGCAUUGGGGGGCGCCUGGUUUACAGCACCUGCAGCCUCUCUCCCGUGGAGGACGAGGCUGUCGUGGCAGAGAUCCUGCGGACGGGCUGCGCUGAACUCAAAGAGGCGCGGCAAAUGCUCGCGCCGCUGAAAACGGCUCCUGGCUUGCGGAAAUGGAAGGUGGCGCAUCCCAGCAAGCGGCACACGUUCUCCAACUUUGCGGAGGCCCAAGCAGCUGGAGCAAAAUUGGCUCAAGGUGUCUUCCCGCCGGAGGAGAGCACGUCUGCGAGCGCCCAGCUGCCAAGGUGUGUCCGCAUCCUUCCACACCACAACGACACCGGAGGCUUCUUCAUCGCCGUCUUUGAGAAGACAGCUGACUUACCUCGGAGGAAGAAGGAGGAGGAGGAUCGACUGGUGGGCUACGACAGCGAUGUGGACAGCGACGGCGAGGAGGCCGAGCGUCGAAGGCAGCUGCGGAAGCUCGAGGAGGCUGUGGAGGCUGGGCGGAGCGAGCAGGAGAGGCAGAAGGCUGAAUCCCGGCGCGAGCGCGCGAGGAAGUCGGGAUCCCUGUCUCGGGAGAUUGUGCGCUACGAGCCGCUCGGCGAGUCUCCCGAGCAGGCUGCUGCGCUGCGCUGCUUUUAUGGACUGCACGACAGCUUCCCGGAGGAGCUUUUCUUCAGCCGCCGGCAUCUGGAGCUGGAUGCCACGGGGGAGCUCGUGCAGACGCAUUGGGGCGAGGCAAGCCAGCUGAUCUUCCUGGCGAACGCGGCCGCGCGGCUGCUGCGCCUGGGCACUGCCGAGGGCGCCAAGCGGAAGCUGCGGGUCAUUGCAGGGGGGCUCCGAGUCUUCGAGAAG